AUGUUUGACCGGUGCUAUGCGGGUAAUCUAUUCACAAUGAUAGCCGUAAUAUUAGUAUCACUCCUUGCUGGUGUGAUACUAACCCUUGUUGUACAGUAUAUCUGGAUUCGAAGCUGGUUCUCAAGCAUACCUGAAGAGCCAAUUCCAAAGAAACCACAGUUUGGAAAAUUCUCAUUUCCUCAGGAUUUGUUGAAAUCUUGUGGAGAUGGGAAUGGAAAAUAUGAAAAGGAGAGUUGCCGGUUUUUGAACUUAAUAUUCCAGUUUUUGUUCAAAGAAUUACGGGAUACUCGAGAAGUGCGAAGAUGGGUAGCAAAGCGUAUGAGCAUGGAAUUCGACGACAUGCUGCAGACUACAUCGGGAAAAUUAUUGGAACAGAUUAUGGUUAGAGAUUUCAACUUAGGAACAAGGUUUCCAACUUUCAAUUCAGUGGUUGUUAAAAGUGAAGUUAAAGAUGCAUCUCUGGAGGUACUUGAAAUUGCAUUGGAUAUUGAAUACUCAGGUGGUUUCCAGAUGGCAGUGGAUGUGGACUUGAUGUUUGGCAAAUCUGCAUACCUUUCAAUCACUGUGACAAAACUUGUUGGUAGUGCUCGACUUUUGUUUACGCGACAUCCAUAUACACACUGGAACUUUGCAUUUUAUGAGGAACCACAUAUGGAAAUGUAUAAACAUAAAAAUGUCUUAAAAUAUAUCUAUCUAUCUCUCUCUCCUGCACACAUAUCUAUCUAUCUCUCUCUCCUGCACACAUAUCUAUCUAUCUCUCUCUCCUGCACACAUAUCAUCUAUCUCUCUCCUCCACACAUAUCAUCAUCUCUCUCCCCUGCAUAUCUAUCUAUCUCUCUCCUGCACACAUAUCUAUCUAUCUCUCUCUCCUGCACACAUAUCUAUCUAUCUCUCUCUCCUGCACACAUAUCUAUCUAUCUCUCUCUCCUGCACACAUAUCUAUCUAUCUCUCUCUCCUGCACACAUAUCUAUCUAUCUCUCUCUCCUGCACACAUAUCUAUCUAUCUCUCUCCUGCACACAUCUAUCUAUCUCUCUCUCCCUGCACACAUAUCUAUCUAUCUCUCUCUCAUCUAUCUCUCUCCUGCACAUCUAUCUAUCUCUCUCUCCUGCACACAUAUCAUCUAUCUCUCUCUCCUGCACACAUAUCUAUCUAUCUCUCUGCACACACAUCUAUCUAUCUAUCUAUCUAUCUAUCUAUCUAUCUAUCUAUCUAUCUAUCUCUCCCUGCACACAUAUCUAUCUAUCUCUCUCUCCUGCACACAUAUCUAUCUAUCUAUCUCUCCUGCACACAUAUCUAUCUAUCUAUCUCUCCUGCACACAUAUCUAUCUAUCUAUCUCUCCUGCACACAUAUCUAUCUAUCUAUCUCUCCUGCACACAUAUCUAUCUAUCUAUCUCUCCUGCACACAUAUCUAUCUAUCUAUCUCUCCUGCACACAUAUCUAUCUAUCUAUAUAUAUAUAUAUAUUAUAUACCCUACAAACAUAUAUAUAUAUUGUUUACUGCUAGAAAGAUUCCGCCCAUUCUUCUUCAAACCAGAGUCUCUUCAUCCACUAGAAGAUAUUUAUUUACAUGGAACCCCUCUUGGUGUUGGUUGGCUUGAAGUGAACAUCAUUGGUUGCUCUCGGCUUGCCAAGAUUCCUUCAAAUGUUUCUUUGUUCUGUACACUUUGUCUAGGGUCUGCUGAAAUGGAGGGAAUGAAUAUUAUUAGGAAGAAAACUUGGGUAAUUGUUGAUGUGGAAAUUGUCAAGGGACAUAACCAGCCGAUUGGACUUGUCUUCAAGGAGGGAAGCAAAACUGACUGUGAUGAAGAGACUGUUCUUAUUGAAAGUGUAGUACCUGACUCACCUGCUGGACAGGUGGAUGUUAGAAAGAAUGACAUUCUUCAAUUAGUAGGAUCAACAAAAAUUACCUCUGUUAAACAAGCUAUUAAGCUGACAAAAAAUGCUACUGACCGGAUAACUUUGAGAUUGCGAAGACAUCAUCAUCGCACAAGCCAACCUAAUGAAGCAAAAUAUGAUGAUGAAGCUCCGGAAAAAAUGGAUGAACCUCUUGAUUCUGAUGGAUAUCUCACAGACAACAAAGCUUGGGAUGAAAUUGAGUCUGAGAUUAGACUUACACCUGAACGCGGUCAGAAAAAGGAAGGCCAUGGGCUUUCAUGUCCUGAACUUACCCAUAGGCGACCUUCAAAGAAUUCUUUAGACAAAGUAGAUAUCCAGAUUCAGUCAUCAGACAAGAGUGAGCCUCGUCGACUAGAAGUGCGAAAUCUUGACAGCAGUCGGUGUGAAAGCAAGUCUCCUUCUGUAUCUCCGAAAAGACAACCAGCCUUAAAAACUUGCCAGCUUACAAUGCAAAUUGACCAUCCUACUAUGAUUCGCAAAUCAAGCAAAGGAACCUUCUGCUUGAUUGAUGAAGAGGACCAGUUUGAAUUUGAAAGUUUGCUAGACAUGGAUGAAGUGGACGACUCUACAGAAAUGUUUCGUACAAAACUUGUAAUGGCAUCUACAAAUCCUGUCUGGAAUGAACAGUGUGAAUUUGAAGUGGAAGAAGACGUGAAAUAUUUAAAUGUGUGUUUGUGGUGCCGAGAACCAGAGAAAAUUGACAAGCAUGAAAGAGUUGUGAAGCCUGUAAAAGAUGUUCUCAUUGGACAUGUUAGUUUCCUUUUAAGUGAAAUUGCCUUGGAUUGUAUGACAACUAUGCAGGGUGAUACACAAAAAACAAAACCGCUUAUACCUUCAGAACCCAAGCCUGGUGCAAGUCGUAACAGAUAUUCCACAUUAUCAGCUCAUCCUGGUUUUGAACCCAUGUUAUGCCAUGGGGACAUAACUUUAUCUUUCAUGUACCAAGCAACUGAAAAAACUUCUGAACAAUACCGUAAGAGAUUAAGUAAAAACAUUCUUCAACCCAAUGUCGAUGAACCUCUUGGAAAAGAAUCAACAGAUAAGCAAGAAGUAAAAUCUACUCCAAACACAACAAGAACCCAUAAAUUUGUUGUCAAUUGUCCGCCCUACCAGUCAGCUUCUUAUUGUUGUUCAUUUUGUGCCCGCAAGAUAUGGAUGGGGAGAGGAUUUAAGUGCAAUGUUUGUGGAAUGAUUGUUCAUAAAAAAUGUACUGAAAAAUGUCAAGAAAAAACCUUAUGUACACGUGAAGGUCCAAGAAAUCGAACCAUUCCGGAUGAACCAUGGAAGCCUAUGACUGCUCAACAACUUGAAAAUCAGAAGAACAAGAUACAAGAUGACAAGGAACCUCCAACAAGAUCUGGAGGUCUGUUGAGUAAAUUUCGUAAAGAUCCUGCCCCUGCUAUAAAGAAGACACUUGGAAGAAACUCUGGAACCAGUCCACCUCCUGAUCGAAAAUCACUGGCGUCCACUCCAAAUCACAGUCCAAAGACAAGAAGGAAGAAAUCUCUUCCUGAGACACAAUCAUCAGGUGAUACAUUUGAGGAUUCAAGCAAGCUCCAUGCGACAACAGCUGGCCUGCCACGAACACGUUCAUCUACAUCACUCCAGGUGCUCCUCAACCAGAAUGCAUCUCCUACGUUGCAACCUCAUGAAGUCAUUGUUAAGCCUGAGGAUAGAAAUAUCGACCAUUCUGAUGAUUCUGAUAGUAGCACACAAGGACCAACUUGUAAAGCAAAAGUCAGAAUGAAUGUAUCAAAUUUUGAUGAGGAAAUUGUUACAAAUGCUAAAGAGAAAGGAAAAGAGCUUUUAUCUCAUUUAAGCUUGGAAGAGAGACGGGAGAAAUUGGAUACCAUGGUAAGCAUGCUACAAGAACAGAUUGACCAGGCCACAGAAACAAAAUCGCAACUUACCAAAAGAGAAAAAGAGGUCAGUGAUGUUGCAACAAAGAAAAUAUGUCAAAAUCAUAUCCGAAUGACUGAUGAACAAAUUGAAAGGCUUAUGAUUCAAUUGCUUCACUACUGUGCAGGUUUGCAACAUUGCCUUGAUGUUCAGGAAGAGGAGAGGCAAAAAGUUGAACAGGCCCUUCAUCCACACCCUGCAUCUCUGACCCAACCACCUGUACCCUUACCUUCUGUUGUCACCACCCUGGUCACUAGUGAUGACUGUGAUGGAGGCAGUGGUGGCAGUUAUAUUGAUGAUGAGUUUGAAGAUAUAGAGUGCAACAACGAUAGCAACAUUGUGAUCGUGAGUAGCAGCAGCGGAAACAACUCCCUCACAGGUAGCAGUGGUCAAAGGUCGGCUGAGCUUGACCCAUUUAUUUCUUCUGCAACCAGUGUGCAACAUACACAACAAUCACCAUCUCCCCCGCCCCCUCCCCCAUUGCCAUCAUCUUCGACGUCACCCCAGAUUACGGAACCAGAUUCUGAUGUUGCAAGCAAAUCAACUGAAUUCUUUGAUUCAUGA